GUGGUCUCGAGCUCUUUACAAAGACCGUAAGCUAGUCCAAUUCCUGUUUUAAAUUUCGAGAUUUCGAGGGUUCGAGGGUUCGAUGUGGUUCAGCAGCGUUGCAGUCCGUUCGGGAGGUGCUUGUGCUGUUGGGGUGACUCUGAGGGCCUUGGGCCUUGUGCGCAUUCGAGGAGAUACGCGAAUUCAUCGUGCGUCGCCGUCGAUUUGUAGGUCGAGUGCCAUGGAUGCUACAUCGAUGGAGCGGAGGUGUGCUAUCAUCACGGGAGUAGCUCGUCCUCACGGCAUUGGCCGGCAUCUUGUGCAUGGCUUCAUGUCGCAGGGCUACAGCGUUGUAGGUGUGGACGUAGCGAAACCUGUGGAUGAUGAUCAAAGAAUUCAUGAUGAGAGUUUUCACUUCGUGCAAGCAGAUGUUGGAACAUGCACAGAGGCGGAGCGCAUAGUUAAAGAAACAGUUAAACGCUUCGGUGAUAAGAUUCAUGUGCUCAUCAACAAUGCUGCAAAACUUCCUCAUAGUGGAGAAGCCGAUCCAUUGAAGGAGUUCACAGACACGGUUGCGGUGAAUCUGAACGGAGCCUACUAUUUGUCGCUGCUCGCGUUGCCACACAUGCCAGCUGGAAAUUCCAGCAUUAUUCACAUGUCCAGCACUCGGGCACACCAGAGUGAGCCAGACACUGCAGGCUAUAGCGCUUCGAAAGCUGGUCUCUGUGGCCUAACGCAUUCACAGGCUAUAACUUACGCAGGCAAAGUACGAGUGAACACAGUGUUACCGGGGUGGAUAAACACAGACGAAGGGGGUGAAGCAGCACUUACACCUAAAGACCAUGCUUGGCAUCCUGUUGGUCGAGUAGGAGUUCCGCAAGAUGUGGUGGAGAUGUGUUUAUUCUUGUGUGAUGAGAAACGUGCGGGAUUUAUCACAGGUCAAGAAUUUGUUUUAGAUGGAGGAGUUACUAAGAAGAUGGUAUACCCUGAGUGAAGGUGGGACUCGGGUAAAUAAAAUUAGACUUGCGGCACCCGCCGCUACAGCCCUCGUUAUAAUAGAAUGUAGGUGUUAUGUACAUAUCGAGCUGUAUCGAUGAACCAGAGAAUUGGACCUGCAAUUCAUUAGACGAAACCGCUGAUGAUUUUCAGAGUUCAUAGCGCUCAGAUCUGUUGGGGAAAGCGUUAGGUGCAUUGUGCUGUGAGAUUAUGAAUCACAUUCAACAGCAGAAUUGUGAAAAGAUGUCUAAGUGAGGAUCCCGUGCAGGAUGUUUCGCUGCUGGUUCAAUUACAACUCAUAUUGCUACUUGGUAUUA